AUGGUCAACUUCCACGAGAGCUCUUCUGACAUCGAGCUUGAGGACGGUCACAUCCUCGUCGCUCAGUGCAACGAUGCUGAUGGUGAGCCUCAAGAGUCUCGCCUUGAUCUCGACUACUACAUCGGCAACAACGACGGUGCUUUCUACUGGGGUGGCGAGGGCUUCUCUGGCUCUGCUUCUGACAUCACCUUCUCACUCGAGGGCGACGACAACGUCCCUGUCCUCCGCGCUCUUCUCAACCCCGUUGAUGGUGACCCCGUCGAGGCUGACCUCAACCUCGCUGAGUGCAUCGGCAAUGACAACGGCACUCUCGUCUUCGUCCCUCCCCAGUAA